AUGGCAAAAACGGUUCAAGUGUUUAUUCUGAUACUGGUACUUCAUGUUCUUGAAUCAGCCUUGGCCAAUAAGCUUUCUUCAUUGAGCCUUGUUGAUGAGUGCUCUCUGUUAUUCCAAUUCAAACAGAUCAUGUCUAUUAACAAGUCUGCGUCCUAUGAUCCUCGUGCUUAUCCAAAGGUUGCUUCAUGGAACCUUAACGGAUCAGAUGGUGUGGGAAAUUGCUGCUUGUGGGAUGGGGUCGAGUGCAGGUUCGGUCAUGUGAUCGGGCUCGACUUGAGCAGUAGCUUUCUCUAUGGAACCAUCUCUUCCAACAACAGUCUCUUCGACCUCAUUCACCUUCGUACACUAAACCUUGCCGAUAACGAUUUUGAUUCCUCUCAAAUUCCAUCUGGAAUAGGACAACUUUCACAGUUAGCAAAUCUGAAUCUGUCAUUUUCUGUCUUCAGUGGGGAGGUCCCAAAACAAUUCUCACAGCUCAGGAAUUUGGUUUCCUUGGAUCUCUCAAGAAACGGGUUAAAGAUGCAAACUUUUGACUUUCAGAAUCUAGUUCAAAAUUCAAGUGAGACUUUAAGAGAACUCUUUCUCUCAGAGGUCAACAUUGAUUCUGAACUACCAGCUUCAAUUGGAAAUCUCACACACUUGAACAUCAUGGAUUUAAGAGAAUGCGCUCUCACAGGGACUCUACCCGCAUCUAUAGGUAACAUGGCCCAGCUUACAGUUAUGUCUCUAAGUUCUAAUAAGUUCACAGGUAGUCUUCCAUCUUCUAUCGGGAAUCUAACACAACUUAGAGAACUUUACCUCAAUGAUAAUGGCAUGAUUGGUCAAAUACCAUCCUCAUUUACGAAUCUAACACAAAUUGCUGCCCUGGAUCUUUCUGAUAAUAAGAUCACAGGUAGCCUUCCCUCUUUAGAAAGCUUUUCAAACCUCACAUCUUUGUCCCUUAGGGGAACUAAUUUUGAUAGAUGGAAGCUGCCUGAUUGGUUUGGUAAGCUAAACAAGAUCACUUAUUUGGAUCUUGAUGAUGUCAACCUGUAUGGUGAAAUUCCAUCAUCUUUUUUCAAUCUGACCCAACUUGAAACGUUAUACCUUUAUGUGGACUUUUAUCUUUUUCUUUCUCUUAAGAAACUUGAAAAUCUGGAUUUAAAUGGAAACAAUAUCUCACUUUCAGUCAUAGAUAGCCACACAAAGGAAACUCAAUCCAAGUUCAAAGUUUUAGUGCUGGCAUCCUGUAACUUGAAAGUCUUUCCUGAAUUUCUACGGUUUCAACAUCAACUGGAGUAUUUGAGCCUUGAUAACAAUAAUAUUGAGGGCCUGAUACCUGGAUGGAUGUGGAACAUUAGCAAGAAUACACUGAGAGACCUUUCACUUUCUCAAAAUCUCCUAAUGGGUUUUGAGCAACAUUCACCAGUUGCUUCUUGGGUUAAUUUAUGGUCACUGGACCUGAGUCACAAUAUGUUGCAUGGAUCAAUCCCAGUGCCACCACCAACCACUAAGUACUUUUGGGUCUCAAACAAUAGGCUGACUGGUGAAAUUCCACCAUCCAUAUGUGACUUGUUGUCUCUUCAGUCGCUUGAUUUGUCAUUCAACAACAUUACUGGCUCGAUUCCUCCAUGUUUGAAGAAAUCCAUCUGGCUUUUUUGGUGGCUUGAUUUGUCAUUCAACAACAUUACUGGUUUGAUUCCUCCAUGUUUGAAGAAAUUAAGCAAUUCUUUGGCUGUGUUAAAUCUUAGAAGAAACACUUUUCAAGGAACCAUACCCAACAUAUUCACCAACGAAAGUCAGCAUCAAAUUAUUGAUUUAAGUGAAAAUAAAUUGGAGGGGAAGGUACCCAGAUCACUGGAAAACUGCGUUAAGCUCCAAAUCCUUGAUCUUGGAUAUAACCUUAUAGAAGACAUGUUCCCAUUCUGGUUGGGAGCCCUUUCAAAGCUACAGGUUCUCAUUCUCCGGUUCAACAAAUUUCAUGGCACUAUCACAAUACCAAGUAAAAUGAAAUUCAACUUCCCAAACUUGCACAUCAUUGACCUCUCAUACAAUGCAUUUUGUGGUGAAUUGCCACAUCAGUAUUUCCAGGAGUGGUCAGCAAUGAAGACGACCGAGGCGAAUGAGAGGUUGAGAGAUGAUAGCUUCUCGAUUCCGAUGACUAACAAAGGUGUAAAUAUGGAGUACGUGAAGAUAAUAAUCUUUUUUUCUGCAGUUGAUUUAUCAAGUAACAUGUUUAGGGGGAAGAUUCCAGAGUCUAUUACAACCCUCAGUGGUAUUCAGUCGCUGAACCUUUCUAAUAACCAAAUUUAUGGUGUCAUCCCAAAAUACAUAGGGAAUCUCACACAUCUUGAGUCACUGGAUCUUUCCAAUAACAGGCUUUUCGGAAUGAUACCUCAAGAGUUGGUACAACUGAAUUUCCUUGAGUUCUUAAAUGUAUCCAACAACAGCCUCACUGGACCCAUACCACAAGGCAGACAAUUCAAUACCUUUUCGAACACUUCUUACAUGGGAAAUCAGGCAUUGUGUGGCUACCCUCUAUCCAUGAAAUGUGGGGAUUCAGAAGGAUUAAAGCCUCCAGAUGUUUCAUUCAAACAAGAUACUGAGUCUGACUUUCCAGAUGGAAUUGAUUGGGUUGUUAUACUUACCGGUGUUGCAAGUGGGCUAGUGAUUGGAAUCAUUUGUGGGGAUCAUCUAACCAGAAGAUAUUACAAGUGGUUUAUCCGAAGAUUCAGAAAAUAA